UGUACUGUAAAACUCUAUCUUCUCCGCACAGCGCUAAUUCCCCCGUCUCGUCUCUUUCUUUGUUUGGGCUCACUUACAGACAGGUGAAAUGGUUCGCCUUUCUUUUUUUACGCUUUCUCCGGCGAUCUCCCGAUUCAAUAUUUAUCCUUCUGGAAUCAUCUCUGUAUUAUUAGCAGUGACUAAUCCUUCUCUCUUUAGAUUACCAAAACAACAACAACACCAUCAACUUAAAACCAAAUCCCCAACUUUACCGUUAUUAACCUCUCCACUAUCAUCACCUUCACCCAAUUUUCAAAGGACGCGUUUUUAUUCUACCGGAGCAAGAGUUUUCUCAAAUUCGAAUUAUUUUGAUGAUAAUUUGGUUGUUCUGGGCAUUGAAACGAGCUGCGACGACACUGCUGCUGCUAUCGUGCGAGGUAAUGGUGAAAUUCUUAGUCAAGUCAUUUCUUCUCAGGCAGACCUGCUUGCUCAAUAUGGAGGCGUCGCUCCUAAACAGGCUGAAGAAGCACACUCCCGGGUUAUUGGUAAGGUUGUGCAAGACGCCCUUGAUAGAGCCAAUUUGACCGAGAAGGAUCUCUCUGCUGUUGCUGUUACCAUUGGACCUGGUUUGAGCCUCUGUUUACGUGUUGGUGUACGGAAGGCUCGAAGAGUUGCUGGUGAAUUCAAUCUCCCGAUGGUUGGGGUGCAUCACAUGGAGGCUCAUGCCCUUGUAGCUAGACUAGUGGAACAGGAAUUAAGCUUUCCUUUUAUGGCAUUGCUUAUAUCAGGAGGGCACAAUCUUCUUGUUCUUGCUCAUAAGCUGGGUCAGUACACACAACUUGGGACUACUGUAGAUGAUGCUAUAGGUGAAGCAUUUGACAAGACAGCAAAAUGGCUCGGCCUUGAUAUGCGUAGAAGUGGCGGACCAGCUGUUGAAGAACUUGCUCUGGAGGGUGAUGCCAAGUCUGUUAAGUUUAAUGUUCCAAUGAAAAAUCAUAAAGAUUGCAACUUUUCUUAUGCUGGUUUGAAGACACAAGUGAGGCUAGCCAUUGAAGCCAAAGAAAUCGAUUGUAAAUGCCCCCUCUCUUCUGCAACAAACGAAGACAGAAGAAACCGGGCUGACAUUGCCGCUUCUUUCCAGCGAGUAGCUGUCUUGCAUCUUGAGGAAAAGUGUGAGCGAGCAAUAGACUGGGCAUUAGAACUAGAGCCUUCUAUAAAACAUAUGGUAGUCUCUGGUGGCGUUGCUUCAAACAAGUAUGUACGACUUCGACUCAGUCACAUUGUUGAAAACAAAAACCUGAAACUUGUUUGCCCUCCUCCUAGCCUUUGCACAGACAAUGGAGUAAUGGUGGCUUGGACUGGUCUUGAGCAUUUUCGUGUAGGAAGAUACGAUCCACCUCCACCUACAAUUGAACCAGAUGAUUACGUGUAUGAUCUUCGACCGAGGUGGCCUCUUGGAGAGGAGUACGCAAAAGGAAGAAGCGAAGCUCGUUCGAUGAGAACUGCGAGGAUUCACCCGUCACUUACUUCAAUCAUCCGAGCAGAUGAUUCUCUUCAACAACAAACACAAAACGUAGCAAGAAAGAUAGUCUCAUAAAUUCCAUAACAUUGUAGCUUUUAUUCGUCUCUCAAUGUGUAUAUUAUGUAACCGAGUAACAAACGCUAUUUCCGGUUAAUCUGUUGAAUCAAUUUCGUUCAAUUAUUUGUCCCGGUUAACCUAAA